CGUCCAGCAGCUGGCGCUGUCAAUAUCCACUUUUCAACACCACCAAAGCAGUGAGAGCAUACUUGGCCCAAAUUCCUUAGUUCAAGCUAUUUUUCUAACAUCAACGGUUGUCCUUGUCUUUUGCUGAAGCUUAUUAAAGCUCAGUUUUGGCAUUCCACUGUUCUAGAACUUAAUUUUCGAGAUAACCGCAUAUAAACAGUUGUCCCACGAUGCGACAGAGGAAGAGGUAACAUUAGUUUCAGCCGCUGUAGUAACGUAGCUAGCUAGCUACGUAAACAGUCUGUUAACGUUAGCGGCCAUGCUAAGCUAUCUGAAAACAGCAUUUAACGCUAGCCUUCGCUGUUUGUUUGACCUUUAAUUUGCCAAAUAACAUGACAUCAUCUUACAGUGCCAAAAGGGUGGUUAGGUUAUCAAAUGCUAGGCUUAGUCUUUCCUCAAAAUAAGUCAAUAUGUGAGCCAAGUUAAAGUAUUUGGUACUGAAAAUAUGUCAACAGUCGCGCGAGGUGGAACUUCUCCAAAAGGCAGUUGGACAUUAUCUAUUAAAUAAGGUUAACGUUACUGUGCUGUCAGUAAAGUAACAGUCUGCAUACCGGUCUGUUCUAAUCUAUCUAGCAAUUUCUCCACAUUGUUUCUACUUUACAGAGUGUACUGACUGCAUAAACCGUAAUAGAGAGAGACUGGCUGAAGGAUGAAUCCAGUCGACUGGGACGCUAUUCUUCGGACAGUCCAGAAAAAUCUGGACCCAAAUCACCAGAAUUAUGUUAAUAACAGCAUGGAGAAUGCCCCAAGAACUGAUAACGAGAGGGACACUUACUGCGAAUACUCGAGGCACACUUUUGAUGCUCGGCAAAGCAGCAUGGGAUGGGAGGGAGUCAGUCCUCCUCUCUCGUUUAACUUACACAUAAAGGAGUCAGAAGUCGAGGACCCAGAUGGAGCGCCACUUGAACUGGAGGAAGAGGAUCCAGAGCUGGCGAGAAAGCGAAAAGAGCUUAGAGAGAUUGAGGAGCGGAUACUACUUAAGAAAGCUGCUAUUGCUCUGAAAUCUGUUGAACCGCUUGUGAAGAAGACCACACCUUCAGACUUUUCCUGUAAUGAACAAUCAUCUGCAUGCAAAGGAGCAACUCUUAAAGACAGGGUGAAUGUCAUUUUGCAGCAGCGACAUCCUGCCGGCUUCCUGUCAAAGGUGCGGUCUCCCAGAGAGAGAAUGAACUCAUCCAGGCUGAGCAGAGAUGGUCUGCUGCAGGACGACCAUCCCCUGAAGCUCAGAGUGAAGGCACUCAUGAAGCACAGAUGUAGUGAGCCCUGUGUUUUGCCAGCAAGCAGAGAGGCCACUGACGCCCCACCGUCUCCUCCCAUCCGACGCAAUACUUCCCCAGCCAAGCAAGAGAACGGCGUCAACGAGGGUUUCCAGCUCUUCCUCAGCGUGCUUAACAAAGGCGUGGAUUUCGACUUCCUCAGCAGGAUCGUCACCAAUGACAGCGAGGACCUUCCUUUAGGCGAGGAGCUCCUGAACAUUCACCCCGCUGCUGCAGAGAACAAGUCCGACCCAGCCUUCGGGAGCGAGAGCCAGCGAUCGAAUAGCGGAGUGUCGCUGCCAGGCCACAGUCGGACCAACAGCGGAGAGAGGAAGACUGACCCGCCCAGUCAAGAGAGAUCCCUCAAUGAGACCCUACCUGAUGAUGGAGAAAAGAAGGACGACAGAGGAGAAGCAAAUGGUCGAUCCAGGUCUCCCUCGGCAGGGAAGAACAAGAAGAAGAACGAAGAAGAAAAACCAAAGGUGGAUGAGCAGAGCGCACAGCUCCAGAACAUUCUUAAAACCCUGGGGCUGAGCCUGGAAGUAGAAGAGAUGAGCAAACUAGCAGACCGGACUCAGGAGAGGCUGUAUGGUAAGAAGCAUGGCGACAGAAGAGCUGACCGCAGAGCGGAGCAGGAGAGUCAGCAGAGGGGCUCCCAAAGGCAUUACAGUCACUCCUCCUCUUCUUCCUCCUCUUCCAGGUCCACUAGGUCUAGAAACUUUAGUCCCAGCCCCUCUCGCCGUCGGUGCUCCCACAGCAAAGACUCCAAGCGAAGAUCUGAACGCAGCCACUCGAGAGAAAAAAGCCGUGACGGACCGACACACCAAGACCAUAACCGGGACAGAAGAGAAGCACAGAGGUGCAAGGACGAAGACCGAGACGGAAAAUACCUCGAAGAAAUCUCUACUUAUCAACAUCCAUAUCCACCAAACCCACCGUAUCCCCAGCCCCACCCUAGUGCUUUUUCUGAAUUUUCAGCCUACAGUUUGUCCCAGGACUCGGAGUACACUGCUUACCACAGCGGCACUUACAGCGCUGCUACAGACUCUUACUGGACACAUACUCAGGAUGCCAUUCCUCCCUCCCUCUAUCCCAGCGAGGGUCCUUAUCCACUAAACACCUACUGUCCCUUUCCUGGCUCCGUCGUGGCACCUAACGUGGUUUACCCUCAUCGCCGAUCUCUGGAAGACAUGAACUGGUUUGUGAAUCCAGACCUGUCUCAGAGCGAAGGCCAAAGCGGUUCUGUUUCUGGCCCUCGCUGCCUGCAGGUCAUCAAGACUAAGACCACCGAGAGCAAUUUAAAGCAACUCACAUCAGGCAAAAUGCGAAGGGGGACCGCGGAGUCGAAGUUGAAGAGCAGACGUAAACGCUGGGCAAGGAAAAAACAGCUUCGAAAAGCACAGAAAAUUGCAGAAAAACAAGAGAAACAGAGUGCAAAUUCGGUGGAGGAGGCUCUACAGCUCGAUGAAGAUAACUCGGAAGCCGAGCUGUCGGAAGAGGAAAAACAGCCGCCAACAGAGACGGAAAUUAAGGCGAACCUGAGGAAAACGCUUGAAUUAUUUAACCAGAAGGUGAAGCAAAAAGUGCCACAGCCAGCCAUCUUCCUGACCCCUCAGAUUGAUUAAAAUCUGUGGAGUGUUGCGAACCUGCCGUGAGCCCCGACAGACCAUUUGGACCUUAUCAUGUUCAACAUUCAUUUAUUCAUUCAACCAUUUAGUAUUGGAGUCACAUUUUCAGAUUUGUACUGAAUCAUCAUCGAACUGGAACUGGAAGUAAAUGAUAUCUUCCUUAAAAUAAUAUUUUUGUGUCAUUAAAGGUGCACUAUGAGUUCCUG